GUCACGUGGUGCCGGUGGCAGCUCCCAGUAGUGACGGCGGCGGGCGGCAGCAUCCUUCCUUCUUUCCCUGCCUGCCCGCCUGCCUCCCUCUGUCCCCAUCGGAACCAGGCUGCUGGGGGCCAAGAGGGAAGGCAAGGAGAGGAGGGAGGGAGGCCAGGGCCAGGGCCAGGGCUGGCCUCCCCCCGUGUCUGAGUGGGGAGCCAGAGCCCCCAGCCCUGCACACCCGGAGCAUCUCCAAAGACAAAGGAUUCAUGUCCAAAGGGUUUGCAGAGAGUAGGACUGACGUGACCAUGUCCGAGCUGGUGGCCGAGCCCAGGCCCAAGCCGGCGGUGCCCAUGAAGCCCCUUGGCAUCAGCUCCAACCUCCUGGGCUACAUUGGCAUCGACACCAUCAUUGAGCAGAUGAGGAAGAAAACCAUGAAGACUGGCUUCGAUUUCAACAUCAUGGUUGUGGGUCAGAGUGGGCUGGGCAAGUCGACCCUCAUCAACACCCUCUUCAAAUCCCAAGUGAGUCGGAAAUCAGCGAGCUGGAAUCGGGAGGAGAAGAUCCCCAAGACUGUGGAGAUCAAGGCCAUUGGGCACGUGAUAGAAGAAGGUGGAGUCAAGAUGAAGUUGACCGUCAUCGACACCCCGGGCUUUGGAGACCAGAUCAACAACGAAAACUGCUGGGAGCCCAUUGAGAAAUAUAUCAAUGAACAGUAUGAGAAGUUCCUCAAGGAGGAGGUGAACAUCGCGAGAAAGAAGCGCAUCCCGGACACACGGGUGCACUGCUGCCUCUACUUCAUCUCACCCACAGGACACUCGCUGAGACCCCUAGACCUGGAGUUCAUGAAACAUCUCAGCAAAGUGGUGAACAUUGUGCCCAUCAUUGCCAAAGCUGACACCAUGACCCUGGAAGAGAAGAUGGAGUUCAAGCAGAGGGUCCGGAAGGAGCUCGAAGUGAACGGCAUUGAGUUUUACCCACAGAAGGAGUUUGACGAAGACUUGGAGGACAAGACGGAGAAUGACAAGAUCAGGCAGGAGAGCAUGCCCUUCGCUGUGGUUGGGAGCGACAAGGAAUAUCAAGUCAAUGGCAAGAGGGUCCUUGGCAGAAAAACACCCUGGGGAAUCAUCGAAGUGGAAAACCUCACCCACUGUGAGUUUGCCUUGCUCAGAGACUUCGUCAUCAGGACCCACCUCCAGGACCUCAAGGAAGUCACCCACAACAUCCAUUAUGAGACCUACCGGGCCCAGAGGCUCAACGACAAUGGAGGUCUCCCUCCGGCACCUCAUCCAUCAAAUCUCACCUCCUUCAAGGGCUUGGAAAAAUAAAGCCCGGAGACGCUAGAUUGAGCAGGGAGAAGGCAUCCUUCCACCAGCGCCAGCCUCCCCCCGCCCUGCCACCACCGCCGAGUGAUGGUCAUUUCCAGGCUGCUCCUCCUCCCCACCGGCCCCCCACCCCAGUCGUUCACCCUUCAGGGACGUGGUCGCUCUAGCGCUCCAUGUCCAGCCGACUGCCGGCCUGCCACGCCCUGCCCUCAGGGGGAGGGUCCUGCCUCCUCCGAAGGCCCCUCCAGUGGCCUAGC